GCCUCCUUCUACGUCUCGACGAUGGGGUUGUCUGGGCGGCAAACCCAGUUACAGCGAUACCGCGUUCGUUUGUGAAUCCGCGCUUGUACCUUCGUGGUAUCGCGCCUUGACGCCGCGCCCUCGUACAAGUCUUAAAAUAUUUUCCUUCUCAGUUGCACGUGGAGGCCGCCACAACUCAGGACUCGUGAAACGAUUUCCCUGUACAAAUUAUAGAAAUUUUCCCCACGCAAAAAAUCGGAAGGGGAGCUGUUUAGGGUCAUGUCUUCCUCUCGAUGCGCUUCCUGGCGGGGCAGACGGUCAAGCGACCCCGGGUCUGUGCCUGCUGGGUUUGAGUGCCUGUGCAGUGAUCUCGACUAGUAUCUUUCUAGGGAGUAACCGUUUGUCAGAGACCACGUGUCUGAUUCUUCUGGUUUUUGGCCCGAGCCUCUUUUGUAGAUAUGUAUCUUCUCUAAACACUGUCUUUUCCUGGCAGCCUGGGGGUACCCCGCUCCGGCCCUUCAGGUGCGCGGGCAGACUCGCCAGUUCUGGUUCAUCUCCUGUAAUGCCUCUCAGCGUAGAGUUAUAAAACCAGCUGUCCUGUUGAUGAACCACCACGUCUUUCUCGCCUUCUUCCCUUCCUCUCAAUUUCUUUGUCUCCCCAGCCGACGCACAGGCAGCCCAGAAUGCGUCAAACUGCCAGAAGUUCGAGCCGUUGAGCGAUCCUUCUUGCACUCUGGAGCAUUGUUUACCGCAGGCCACUUUGCCGGUGGCCUGGAAAUUGUUGCCACUCCGAUGUUGGUCGCAGCACUGACCUACGAAGGGAGCAGAGCGACACAUUCUCGGUACCGCAGAAUUCGCUGGCUGUUGGGCACGCGCGGUUUCCCCAAUGGCCUGGAAGUAGCACACCAGUGAGUUAUUUCUUAGUUCAAUCUUACAUAUUUCUCAAAGCGGCGAGCCCCUUCCUGCCGUGUUUCCCAGUGGCAUCCAGCCGUGGUGACCACCAGGGUGCGGCGUCGUGCUGAGGCUGCUUGGAGGCCUCCAGAUUCACGCAUGCCAGUGUUUCAAGCCGCAUCGACGCUCUUAGUUUUCCUAGACGGCCGCUCAGACCAAGCUCAUUACGUGCAACAACAUGGAGUCGAGAAGGUUCGGCCGGCUGACGGUGUCCCUCGCGAUUUCCACGGUCGUGGUGCUGCUCUGCAUUUCGACCUUCGGGGCGUUCCCUGCCUCCACUAGCACGAGCGAAUGGGUGCCAACUGUCUCGUCCGUCGGCGCCGAACCGGCGGCGCAGCGGUCCAAGAGAUCGGGUCCGAUUUCUCGCCGCUUGGACGCGCUCAUCACAAAGUCGCUGAGGAAAAUGUUGACGUGGGAGCCAGUUGAGCGUCCCGUGCCUUCCCUGAACUUGGACGAAGUCGUUUUUGUGGCGGGGAAGCACACGGCUGCGCUGUCAGCGUCCUUCGAAACGACGUUGGAAGAUAUCCUCGUGCUUUUCUACCGCUGGUUCGACGACACGAAGACCACGAACUGGGCAGGACAGGGCCUGGUUACGAUGGAGUCCCUGAAACGCCAGCACACGCGCUACGGCAGCCAGAUGGUGAAGGACUACAUGAAGAAGCAAGAAGAGCCCGAGGAAGACGAAGAAAAGAAGAAAGCAAAGCUGCAGCCCGUCCAGUUUUAUGCGGGGCUCGGGACCUGCCAGCGCCGCGUGCGUGACUGGCUCUUCGACGGGAAUACUUUCCAUCGACGCGGUGGCGAGGCGUUUCGCAUCCCCGACCAGCUCACCGAAAACGACGUGAGCUUCAUGCGGGGUCUGCCGUUCAGCGUCAUUCGCGUGGCCCAGGGCGUCUUCUCGGAAGAGCCGCCUGCGUCGGUCAAGCGCCUCCAGCGUGAACUAAAGAUCCGCGGCGUCACAACGAUUGAAAAGCUCUUGUCGAGAACGAAUUUCGUGGACCUGUUUGUCCUCUUUGACGUCUUCGACGAAACCCUGAGUCAGAUCGACGUCCUCCGCGAAUACCAUCAGAACUGGCAAAAGUACAAAAGUGAAAGGUACUCCCCUCCCCAGGUUCCUCUCGGCGAAUGGACGGAGAAACGAACCAUGGAAGAGAUGCUUCUUGACGAUAACUACGCAGAGACGGACUUCCCAAAGUGCACCACGCUCAAGUGCGUCAUGCAGUGGACGUGGCGCAAGACACCCGAGCGCACCAUCGAAGUGCACAAGAAAAAUGUCAACGCGCUCAAGCUUCUCCUCAUCGGAAGCCCCGGCCGCGAACAGUCCUACACGCCUCGCGACAAGCGGUCAAAUAUGCACUUUCUGAAGAAGCUCGGAGACUUCCAGGACCUAGAACACACCGUCGACGCCCUGAAAGACUGGCACACGCGCGAAAAGGCAGACGCGGUUCUAGGUUUGGGAGACAUGCUCGGGCUUCCUGGUGCCACCACGGUGCGGGACGAACGGUUUCAGAAAAAGUGGCAUGAUAUCUUCAUCAAGGAUGCCGGCCUCGAUAUUCCCUGGCUGAUGACCCUCGGAGACGCAGACUCCGUUCUCAGUCCCUCUUCGCAAAUUCGGUACCACUACUCAGUUCAGCAGAAGAAUUGGCACAUGCCGAACGACUACUACACAGUGAACUUCAAGUUUGGUGCGAACCUGACGCUGGCAAACGGCAUGUUCGAGGAGACAGCCUUCAACGCCACAGUAAUUGCCAUCAAUACCUGGGACCUCUUCGUCGGUAACCCCGUUGCGAACAACAUGGCAUCGUGGACGAACAAGCUGUGGUGGCUGAGUGAGCAGCUGUACCAAGCGACGCAGAAGAACUCGUCAUGGAUCAUUGUCAUGGGACACCACCCGAUGCUGUCGACGGGGACCGAAGGCGAGCAAGCGCGCCUGCAGAAUAUCGACGAUCUGUCGAAGAGCCGGCGGUCUCGCGGCCUGGAGUCGUUCCUGAUCAACACGUUGUUCAUGCAUUACCAGGUGGACGCGUACGUGUCGGGUCACGACCAUUUGAUGGAGUACAACUCCAUUACAGACGUGGACCGCAACGUCACGGUGUCAUUCAUCACAAGCGGCGCGACCACGCGUUUGUUCCACAAAGACGUUGGCCGAGGGUGGGUCGGACGUUUGCGCGGGGCUCUCUAUCCCGUGCUGUGCUGGGGAGGCAGGAAAGUGAUUUACGCGCUGAACCCGGGAGGCUGCAAGCCGUUGCACAAAGACCAGCAGCACCCGGAGCAGUUCUUCGUCCAGUCCCACGGCGGCACUUACAAGGUGAACAUUGAGGAGCGAGUGACGACGGCGACUGGUUUCGCUGCGAUGAAACUGACCAAGGACUACUUGCUCAUGGACUUCAUCGACGCGCGAACGCGGAAGUCGGCUGUGCACAAGGUGUACAGACGGACGAAUCGCGAGGGAAGAGACAUCAAGUUCAUGGACCCGUUUGCCGACGGCCGGCUUCGGUACGAGGAGCUCCUGCUCGACCGCGAGGCGUUUGAGGCAGAAAACGCCGAGGCGAUUGAGAAGGAAGUCGCUUUCGCGCGGAGGUGUCCCGUUCUGGCCGAGAGGCUGAAGUUCCACAUCGCGGAGAUGAAUGAACUCGCGAGCAAAUACAGCGAUUUGGUCCAGCAAAAGGAAGCGUACGAAACCAUGACUGACAUGAUGCGCGAUGCGAUGGCCCAGAUGGGGACAAACGUCCAACGGAAGAUCUCGGAGAUUCUCUCCAGCAUGUACGUCAUCUCUGCAGACCACCUUCGACUGGAGCAGAAGUACAAAGAGAUCCUCCAGAGCAAGGAGAACUUGCCAGAGAAGGAAGAUCCGCGCUACAAAGAUCUGUUUGAACUCGAAAAACAGUACGCAGAGACUCGCAAACUGCGCCGGAAGACGUUCGAUGCCUUGCAGUCCGAUUCCGGCUCGGUCGACGUGGACGACGAGGAGAACCUCAGGAAGUACAUCAUGACCAUGAAGCUUCUGCGAAAGCAGAUGGAUGAUCUGGAGCGAGAGAUGAAAGAGUAUCCCGACAUCGACCAGAAGAAGGCCGCGGACGAGAAAAAAGCCAAGGCCGAGCGCGAGAUGCGCGCUCGGGGGCCGAAGAAUACCAUUGUCAUCAAACCCCUCGACACGUCUCUACUGGCACGCAUUCGCCGGAAGGAGCUGCAACUCCGGCGCCACCAUGCUGUUUUUGAGGGCCUCAAGAGGUACCCUCAGUCUGGGCUGAAGAAGGUGAGAGCGGAGAUUGACAUUCUCAAGCGACAGGAAGAAAGCUUGAGGCGGGAACUGGCCCACCUCCACACGCUUCGGCAGCGCAGCCAGCGGCCGAUGCGGCCCUCGGAUCAGUGGGAGAAGUUCCAACUGAAAGACGAACUGGAGACGAAGCUACGCCAAAUCAAGGCGUACAUGGACGGCACUGACCAGAUGCCGGCAGCGAAACGUUACUCGCAGAGUGUGCAGGACGAGAUUGAGGCGAUCGAAGCUCAGCGGGCCACACUGGAGAAGCAGCUGACUGAAGUAGUCGACGAACUGGCGGACCGCAAAAUGACUGCGGUCCAGAUCGCCUUCUUAACCAAAAGCGCCGAACUCAAGAGGAACGAACUGGUACUGGAGCAGCGGAAACUGUUGUCGCCAGAAGAGCUGUCGCUCCCGCAGAUCCAGGCAGCGCUCCAGGCUGCAGCGGACAAGCAGCUGAGUCUCCAGGCCGAUGUGGAAGCCCUACAAGACAAGGUGCGGCUAGAACUGAAUGCCAUUGAGGAUGCGUGGGAACAGGACAUGAGCGCCAAGGGCUACAACAUCCACGACCUCAGCGAAGGCGUCGUGGUAGGUCCGGAAGUCGAGCAACGCACGGAAAAGGAGGCGCAGGCAGUCGUCGACUCUGGCGCGGUCACUGCGGCCGCCGAAACCCUGAACAAGUUGAACAACGCAGAGGAGAAACUAGCCGCUGUCGAGGAGGCCAUGAAAGAUGUGAACUCGGUCAAUGGCGAAGACAAGACAGAACUGGAGACGAUUCUAGGACCCCUCCAGAAGCUCCCCGGAAAUCGGAAACAGCUGCAGGAAGGGGUUGCGGAACUCCGAGAAAAACUGGAACAAGAAAUGGGCACGUUGGAGCACUUGGAUCCGACAGACGAAGAAGGUGCAAAGGCAAAGGACCAAAGCGAGGAGAAGCCGAUCGCGGCGAAUGUGGACGACGCUGAUUCCACGGCCGAGUCUGAGAAAGGAAACAAAGUGCCGACUUCAAAUGAAGAGGCUAACUCUGUGCAGACAGAUGACCGAGCAGAGGCAGCCGCCGCUGCCAAUAACAAUGUGGGCGAUGAAGCAACAGAGGCGACCAAGACGGAGAACACACUGUCUCCUGGAGGCACGUCACGGCGUCUCGCGAAUGUUCUUGAGUUGUUCAAGAGCAAACGCGAUCCGUCGCCGUUCAAGAAAAUCGAGAAGAUCGACGUGGGUCCGAUGGAUGCGUGCAUGCAGGUCCCGAUGCUCGAGGCGACCGUUCAGCGCCGCCUGAAACCUCAGAGUGACGAGGAGACGAAGGAAAAGUGCGUCCACAAGCUGGCGAAUCAUGCGUAUCGUCAACAGCUGCGGUACAUCCAUAGUGGCAUGUUCUUUUCCGAGGGUCCACAGGGACUGACGCCAAUCAUGUACGACGUUCCCUCGGUGCACGUGACUCGGGCCUGGAGCGAGUACUUUGGCUACACCCACAUGUCGCGUUUCAAGAGUGUCAUGAAAGACAUUCGGCAUGGGCUCCAGUUUGUCCAUCAGACGUACAAGACCUAUUCAUUCGUCGAAGCGAUGCUGAUGGAGCUGCGCGAGGCACAGAGGCGAAGAGAGGAAGAACUCGAACUUCCCUUCGAUCAGGACAUUGACGUGAAGGACAGUGACAUCGACAUGGAUGCACUGCUCGCUGCGAGCGAAGCACCCAAGAAUCCCGAGGAAGAAGCAAAAGAAAAGAAAGAGAAGAAAGGAGAGCCAGAGGAGCCGGAGCUCGGUGAAGAUGAACCCGGGGCAGACAUCCCCAUUGAGGACAUCGACACAAGCUACGAAGACGACUAAAGAUCACAGCAAACCUAAGUGCGACCACAUGUGUAGCCACCAGCGCUGUUUCGGUCGCCGUCACUCGUGGCGCAGCCGAACGUUCAAGGAGAUAUGAAGCACAGAAAAUAUCACCCAGCUGAGCGGAGAGCUCUAGGACCGUGACGGCUUCCUUGACAAAUCCGUUGCGUCGGUUUCCAUUUCUAGAUAGCACCACGAUAUGUUGCGGAAGCCCGACUGAAGAAAUCGGACUGGGUGGGGUGAAUCACGUUUUUCUGACUCUGUAUUAGUACUCGCCUUGAUAUCGUCGAAGAAUAGAAGGGCAUGGACUCCUUCCAGUUCUCGGACGCAUCCCAGCUAAUUCGAGGGAAGCGACAGCAGAACUGAGACUUCCCGGUCACAGUGACAACCAAAGAUUGCUGGAUUCUGCGGAGUUCUUUCGUUCUCUGGACCACCUGCGGGGCUGGAAUGCGCUACAGUGACAGGUCGAUGGAUAGGCAUAGAAAUUCACGAAUGAAGCAACACGCCUGUGGAACUAAUGACUGUCAAGCGCCCGUGCUGCGGAAGUCUUUACCACAAAGGCUCGCAGACAGAGGCGUCUGUUCCUAAAGGCUUUCGGUUUCAAAACGAGAGAGUCUACCGCUUUCAACAUUUUUUUGCAUGCUUUAUUCUGGAGCCGAGUUACAACGUAUCUGCUCCCGUCGAGGAAAACAAACUUGGGAGAGGUCUUGCAAGUUCCGCUGUGGAAGCCCUCUCGCCGCUCCAGCUAAGGUGUCGGUAUUGCCAGGCGCCGUUGUGGCAUCCUUGUACUCCCCACAGUGGACUUGCUAUGACGCAGCUGAAAACAUCCAGAAGGAUGUGCAGCUUUUCCCGCUUUUCGGGACUCGGUCUAUGUUUUAAGUGUUUUCACGAGUUGGAUGAACUAGUUCGCUUUUUUGAGACCUGCGGAAAGCGGGGACGAGCGCUGAAGGUAUGCUGUACCUGGUUCCGUUUCACGUGAAUUGCUUGGCGUGUGACUCGAAGUGCAGGAAGUUGUGGGAACACAUGCAGACGGCUCUGCAUUUUGAAGAAAGGGGUCGGCGCGUGUUUUAUCUCCUAUCGAAUGAGCCGCUUGGGAGAUCGGAGAAACGUCGGAGGUUUCCCGUGGCGUACAACUGUGGUGAAGGCUAACGCUAGACAAGGAAUUCCAGGUUCAGUGACAGCGUUUCUCAAAUCUGUGAAAAGCAGUUUUAUCUUAUUAUCAUAAAGGGCGGUAUUUGCUGAAUCAAGAAGGAACUGAUCUUAUUAAAACCUGCAUGUUUCUGAAUUUACGUUGGAACGGAAGGAUGCCUUGUAGUUCAGUGUCUCACCGCGUGUGACGCCACUCGAUCUCGAUUCUGCGGGGGCACCCUCUGGACGUGGGUUUUCACAGAUGUGGCUUCUUCCCAAGGAGAAAAUGCAUUCCUAGAGCACGAAUCAUCGUACUUACUUGUUGGAAUGAUAAUUUCAUUGAGGACGCAACGAUCGCCCCUACCUGUCAGCUUAUUCCCCGUCGCCAAAUCAGUGAUGCAUGACAACAAAAAGAGUUCCUUACUGUUACAUGACGCGAACGCUGGCAUCCAAGAACAGCUGGGCGUAAUAUGGAACUACAGCAUCACCCCAGCAAAACCAUCCCUUGCAUGUGCAUCGAUUGUAAAAUCACGCAUUAGGGAACCCAAAAAAAUGCAGCUACAAGCCGGCUGGUAACGUCGUACGCAUUUGUGUCGGUUUCCUACGCCACUCCAGCUACGUGGAAGCACCCAUUCUGGGAGUUAACCUCAGGAAAUGCACUUCUAGUAAGCCUCAGCGAUGAAGUCAUAUGCUGGUCGUGUCAGAUGGACGCUGAAUUGAGUGUCAUCAGUUGCAACAUUUGCGCUUGUCUAGAGGUACUGCUGACCUGUAGUUUAUCAACAGUCCGUCAGGAACGGUUGCAGCUGAACCCAAUCCCCCGAGGAAUUCCCACAGUAUAUUACCCAGUUGAUUUUGACGUAAUCUGCUACCGCCACCCAAGAAGACCAAAAACCACUUCGCGAUAUUCCUCUGAUGCACCAGAAUGUGACGUCUGAAGGAGAGCGGUGUUGGUAAUUCAAACACACCUCAGCAAUGUCUGCCCUGUAUCGUGGCUGUCACCUGCAUGCCUUCCUGUUCAAUAUGGACCGAUUUACAGAACACAAGGACAACCUCAUAUUGAGACUACUCUUACGGACUCAAACCUGGGCAAGCUGCCUAUCCAAUCUAAAAACAGGUGGUGAGUGUCUUGAAGGCAGGAACCUCCAGUCCACGACAGCGCAAACGAACACGUUUACCCUUACUAAGGCAAGAGCCAAGCGCUUGGCCACCCACAUAAACAAAGAACAGAGAAAGAAUGCGUCACCCCCGUUUAUCAUGAGUAUCUGGGACUUUAUUCACACGGGCAAUAGAACCCAGUUUUGCACGCAUUCCACUUCUGGGGACACUUCACACACUCCGGUGCAACUAGUGGCCCCACCGCAGCCAUCACCGCUAGGCGCCAAGCGGCGCCGAACCCAAAAUGGAUGUCCGCCUUCCUUAUCCCGACUUUACCACAGUCACUGUCCGCGGCACUGAACAUGCAUUCAUAAAGCAGAUAUUGGGAUUUUGCUUUCUUUCCCGCGCUGUUGCCGAAUUGCGCAAACUUGGUGAAAACCCGCUCGCGCUCCUCGCCGUAGCCGGUGCGUCGGCGAAGCAACUGAGCUGUGUCGGCGAGGUAAAUUUCCCGUGCCUGGCACGUGGCGGGCAACGGAAACGGGAUCAAAAAAAUAACGAUAUUCGUGGCUGACCAUGCACUUUGUCAUACGGAUGCAUGAUCGAAUACCCGUUUAAGUCGUGCAAGUGAUGCGGAAUCGAUAUAGAGGGAAUCUGGCUUGGCUGAGAAACCAGCUCUGAAUGUGGGUCGACUGCAAGAUGCAAGUACUUUCCACUUGCAGUGCCCUUGAACUUCGUCGCUUGCGGGCGGCUCGCAAUCCCGGAUGGCCUUGACCAAAAAUUUUUUUCCAGGAUGGAUAUCAGGCGAGGUGUGCACUCUCUCCGUCGUGGGUGUCCGAAGGAUUUUGUGUCGCAAAUCGGGCUGUGCGUCUCUGUGGCUGCGUUGC